AUGAAUUCAUCACGCGUAUUUCACGCCACUGUCCGGCGACAAUGCCGCCUCUUCUUCGCCCGAGGCAUCAAAAGAGCGCCUCCGCGCCGAGUCGGAGGCUGCAGCUCCCAAGAAAACCUCUCAUGGAAUCCCCCGCGUGCGCUGACUUUCCUCGGCAUCACGGCCUUGGUCAUCAGUACGUACACGGGCUACCUCUAUGCCUCGUACACGCGCGAAGUGUCCAAGGCCCAGUCCCUGGACGUGCCCACCGACGUGUCAGAUCGGUACAAUGCCACGGCCCGUACCUUUGAUGCCGAAGUUGAGUUGUCCGAGAAGGCGAUGCGCAUGGGACCCAAGCGGGCGGACCUCGUUCGGAUGGCGCGCGGCGACGUCCUCGAGGUGAGCUGCGGGACGGGGCGCAACUUGGAGUAUUACGAGCUCGGUGAGCGUCGCGGCGUGGACGCCGAGGGAAAGAGCACCGUUCGAGGCUGCCGCUCACUGACCCUGGUGGAUCUCAGCCCACAGAUGGUCGCCAUCGCCGAGGAGAAGUUUCGACAACUGCGACCUGAUUUCACGCGUGUGCAGUUCCGUGCACAAGAUGCUGCAACCGUGACGGUCGAGAAACCCGAUCGGUACUACGACACCAUUGUGCAGACCAUGGGCCUGUGCUCCAUGCCGGAUCCCGUGGCCACGCUCCGACAUCUGGGCGCGAUCACGGAGCCCGCACGCGGUCGGAUCUUGCUGUUGGAGCAUGGACGGUCUCACUACGACUGGCUGAAUCGAAUCUUGGACAACUUGGCACCGUCGCAUGCAGAUCGACAUGGAUGUUGGUGGAACCGGGACAUUGGCGCCAUUGUCCGUGAGAGUGGCCUGGAAGUGGUGGAAGAGAAACGGUGGCAUUUUGGGACCACGUGGAAGUACGUGUUGCGCCCUCGUCAGCCAGCGGCGAUCAACGCGAAGGAAGUCAAGUCAUAG